AUGUCCUCCACUUCGUCCACCUCGCUGGGCCGCCGCGACCGCGAGGCCCACCGCGAGGCUCAGCGCGGCAGCCGGGGCAGGCACAUGCUGGGCUUCGUCAUGUCCGAGCUCCGCGACGCCAACAACCCCGCCCUGGACCUGGCCGAGCUGCUGGCCGCCGUGCAGGCCGCCAUCAAGGCCGUGUCCGCCACCCUGCGCUCCUCGGGGCUCGUCAAAUGGCGGAGUGCCAGGGAGGUGGCGGCGGAGAUCUUCGUCAACUACGUGGCCUCCUCGCACUCCGUGGCCAUGCUCAUCUGCGACGAGAAGGUCAUCCCGGUGGAGAGCAGUGGAGACAACCGGGGCCGCUACGUGGUCUGCAUCAGCCCGCUGGACUCGAAGCAGGACUCGGCGGACCCUCCUUGCAUAGCAGGCAGCGUCUUCUCCGUGCAGAGGUGCCUGGAGGCCGCCCCCCGCCCCCAGCCCCGCACCGGCUCGGCCACGGCCACGGCCUCGUCGGGGUCGUCCCGGCCGAACGCCAAGCCCAGCCUGCGCUCCGUGCUGCAGCCGGGCAAGAACCUGGUGGCCGCGGGGUACGCCCUCUACGCCAGCAGCACGCUGCUCGUCCUGUCCACCGGCCCGGGGGUCCAUCUCUUCGCGCUCGACCCGGUGCUCGGUGAGUUCAUCCUGACGGUGCCCAACCUCACCAUCCCCGGGCGCGGGCGCAUCUACAGUGUGGACGAGGGCCUCACGUACGAGUGGGGCGACCCCGUGGUGGAGUACGUCGAGAGCAAGAAGGACCCCAAGCUGGGAUCCACGUACGGCUCGCACCACAUCGGCUGCACCGUGGCGGACGUGCACACCGUCAUGAGGAACGGGGGCAUCUACCUGUCCCCACAGACUCGCUCCAACCCCAACGGCAAGGUGAGUUUUUUUUUGUUUUGCACACUGACGUCCUUGGAGCAGAGCGAGCUGCGGCUGGUGCUGGAGGCGGCCCCGCUGGCGCACCUGGUGUGCCGUGCGGGCGGGCUGGCGACGGACGGGCACACCUCGCUGACGGACUGCCAGCCCGAGGGCCUGGCGCACCGCACGCCCGCCUUCCUGGGCUCGCGCGAGGACGUCCGCGACCUGCUGGCCACCUUCCGGAGGAACACCACGCUCUACUCCACGCGCCCGUCCAGCCUGCGCGCCAGCAGCGCGCCCAACACGUUCCUGGACGCGCUCACGCCGUCGCCGUCCGUGGCCACCACCGCCAACAGCCAGGUGGCUCUGCUAACCUGCGGCCCGCGCACCGCACAGAACACCAAGGACCCGAAAAAGGACAGCAAGGACCGGGCGGCGGCGGCGGAGGCCGAGAUGGACGCGUCGGUGGCGGCCCUGUCGGCCACCAUCGUGGCGCUGGGCGGCGGCAGUGGCGGCAGCAGGGCGGUGCCGUCCAGGCCCACCUCCGCGGUGUACCCCUCCAGCACGGGCUCCGUGCUCGGCCUGGUCCCUUCCAUACAGCGUCCAGCGUCGGCCGCGUCUGCCCUGACGUCGUCUUCAUCAGGCCUCCACCGGGUGUUUUCUUGA